AAAAAAUAUAUAUUUAUAACUUUAGAGUAACAAACAAAAUUUUUUUGUAAUAAAAGUAAUCUGUCAACACACCGAUUGCACCAUAGAGAAUGGCCCACGCAACCCCGCAGGGCGUUAAGCUUCUAAAUGGAUUUAAGCGUCCAGGUCGCUUCGAGAAGGGCCUCGGAGCCCAGCUGCCGGAAGCAUACAAGAAAUUCUGGCGCGAAUGGAAGCUAACAAAGCCAGCGGCGGUGCAUUAUAUACCCAAGGAGAGUGAGUGGGAGCGGGACGAAGUGACGAACGCAAUCAAACCCGUUCAAAGCAUACCAUUCCCACUCAUCGAUACACCGGAAUCACACCAGGGUAUAUGGGGCGGGGAGGCGGUGAUCAAAGGCUUCCAAAAGCGCCAGUCCACAAAGCGACGUGUGCCGCAUUUUUGGGUGCCAACGUUGCGACGCUCCGUGGUGCACAGUCAGGUGCUCAAUGAGUAUAUGUCGGUAGUUGUUACGGAGCGUACGUUGGAACAGAUCCACGAGUGCCACGGCUUUGAUCACUAUCUGCUCAAGAAUUUGGCAUGCGAUUUGCGUUCAGCUUUAGCAUUAAAGCUGAAACGCAAAAUAUUGAAGUCGCUGCAAAUGGGCUGCCCUGCCCUAUCCGCUGAACCCAAACAUCAAAGUGAGGUGCUCAAGGAGUACAGUCCGUAUCUGGCAUCAUAUACGUCCGAGGAGAUCGAUUGGUAUGGCCACACCUACCUCGAAGCUAUACGUAAGCUGCAAGAUCAGUUACGCGCAGCCGAAAAGGUGAUUCCGCAUAAAGUUGAGUUUCGUAGCAAGUUGAUUGAGCGCUUGCGCGAAGCGGGAAUUGCGGAAGCUGGUAAAAAGGAUCCAAGAGAUUCUGUUUCCCAUGGCGAUCACAGCGAUGCGGAUAUUGAUGCGUUGACAAAGCUUGAAUCGUCGACCCCAUCUUCAAGCUGGUUGUCGAAAAUAAAUCCGUUUGGCAAGAAGGAAACGUAAAGGACUUUGCAUUCAGUCAGCUACUACUGGUUAUAUGUUGAAAUUAAAUAUAUUAAAACACUGUACUGGAUUUAUCCAGUCCGUCAAAAUUAA